GUAAGGUCCCUUCAGCCCAAACCAUUCCAUGAUCACUGAGUCCAACUGCUCCCCCAGCACUGCCAGGACCAGCACUAGCCCAUAUCCCCAGGUGCCACAUUCACAUCACUGUUCAGUCUCCUCAGGGAUGGGGACUGGGCAGCUGGACAGCCCUUUCCAGGACGAAUCUUCCACAUAUCCCGCCUAAACCUCUUCUGGUGCAGCUUGAGGCCAUGACCUCUCAUCCUGUCAUUUAUUACCUGGGAGCAGAGCCUGACCCCCGCCUGGCUCUACCCUCCUGUUAUGGAGUUGUAGAGAGCGAGAAGGUCCCUCCUGAACCCCUUUUCCCAGGCUGAGCCCCCCAGCUCCCUCAGCCCGGUGCUCCAGACUCUUCCGCAGCUCUGCUCCCUCCUUGGACACGCUCCAGCCCCAGUGUCGUUUCCGUGAGGGGCCCGAAGCUGUCCCCGCGCUGCAGACAGCCCAGCCGUGCCCGGCACGGGGUGCUCGGCCCCGUCCCUCCCUCAGGCCGGGACCCUCAGCCCGCGCGGCUCCCGCCCCGCCUGAGUCACCGCCGGCCCGGCCCUCACGGCGGCGGCGGCCGGGCGGGACGAGCUGGGACAUGAAAGGUGGAACAGGCGCUGCCACGCCCGGGGCUGCGGGGAAUCUCGCUUAACCCUUCCCUGCCCGCGGGGCCCCGGCUGCGGGAGCGGGGCGGUGAUGGGGGCAGACAGGAGGGCACGGCUGUCUCCCCAGAGCCCCUUCCACGGCACCCCCGGGGACACGGUCCCGCCGCAGGGGAGAGGGCGCUGCCCCCGGCCCCUCCUGUUCCACGGUGCCACUGCCCAGGAGCUGCUGCUCGUCUGUCCCCGACAGGCCCAGAGCACCAGAAGUGCCCGAGGAGCCCAAAUCCCCCUUCCUGGGAGCCGCAGGGCCACGACCGAGCUGGGGGCAGCGCCCAGGGGCCCUGCCCGGGGCUGGGGACCGAGGGCUGGGCCCGGGGCUGGGCUGGGGUCCGUGUCACGGGCCGGGACAGCAGCGGGGCUGCGGCGAGCCCUGCCCCGCUGCCAGUCCCGAGCUGGUCUGACAGGCUCGGGGCAGACGGAAGGGAGAGGCCUCCGGCGGCUCAGGAAUGCGCAGCCCUUAUCUCUGGCUCCCUGCGCGCCUGGGGAGGGAACAGCUCUCCGGAGUUUGCCUUUCUCUCGCUCUUACUCACCCCCGCUCUGCCCUGGGUGGAGCCUCGCUUGCCUGGCUCCCAGGUGAAUCAGGUUGCAGGCACGUCCAAGUGAGCAGACAGUGACCCACCACCUGCCCCAGCUCACCUGGGAAGGUAGAGAAGGGUGGAGACCUCGUGGGUACCUGCAUGGCCGCCUGAGCCAGAGUGACCCACGACCUACCCACCACUGCCCGGCUUCCCUGGUAAGCUCUCCCUCCCCUGAUGGCUCGUCGAUCCCAAAGCUCCUCCCAGGGGGACAACCCCCUGGACCCCAACUACCUUCCCCCCCACUACAAGGAGUACUACCGCCUGGCCCUGGAUGUGCUCACGGAGGAGGGCAAGGAGAGUUACCAGCGCUUCCUGGCCGAGGAGGCAGCCCCUGAUUUCCUCUGUGGCUCCGAGGUGGAUCACAUAAUCCAGAACCUCCAGAAGCCCCAGUAUGCCAACCAGGAGGGCAGCACGGACACGGCAGGGGACAAUGACAUGGACGGAUCCUCCGGGACUUACUGGCCCAUGAACUCAGAUCUGGCCGUUCCUGAGCUUGACCUGGGCUGGCCGAUGGUCUUUGGCUUCAGGGGAACAGAGGUGACAACGCUGGUGCAGCCACCCCCACCAGACAACCCCAGCAUUAAGGAGGAGGCUCGCAGGAUGAUUCGAGCAGCUCAGCAGGUGGUGGCCAUCGUGAUGGACGUUUUCACAGAUGUGGAUCUGCUGUUUGAGGUGCUGGAAGCUGCUUCUCGCCGAGUGCCUGUCUACAUCCUGCUGGAUGAAAUGAACUCCCAGCUCUUCCUCGACACAGCUGCCAAGUGCAGAGUCAACCUGAACUAUGUGGAGUUCCUGAGGGUGAGGACAGUGUCUGGCCCAACCUACUACUGCCGCACGGGGAUGUCCUUCAAGGGGCACCUGAAGGAGAAGUUCCUGCUGGUGGACUGCAUGGUGGUGCUGAGUGGCAACUACAGUUUCAUGUGGUCCUUCGAGAAGAUUCACAGGAGCAUUGCACACAUCUUCCAGGGUGAGCUGGUGGCCAGCUUUGAUGAAGAAUUCCGCAUUUUGUUUGCACAGUCGGAACCUCUGGUUCCUCCAGCCAACGUCUUGGCAAAGGCAGAGAACACGUUUGCCAUGGCUCCCUUUGGCAAUAACAUGCCUUUCUUCCCCAAAAAAGGCCCCCUGAUGUUCCAGAGGGAUGAGAGUCUCUUCCCCUCCUUCAUGGACAGGGUGGAUCCGGACAGGUACUUCCUGUCCAAUUUCCGGCGGGACGACAUGCUGCGGCACACUGUGGAGGGGUCGGCCAUGCGGAUGUACAAAAAGGUGGAAAUGGAGAAUUCCCAGAUGGAUCCGGUCAGGGGCUUCCUCCGUUCCAAGCAGCUGGAGCUGGACGCUUUUAAGAGACACAGUUUUGCAGAAGGAACGUUUGAAAACUUUGCUUCUGCCAAGCAGUACACCCGGCAGAUGUUCAUGAACAACAUGGACGAGUUCAAAAUCCAAUCCAGUCAUUUCCAGAAGGACCAGUUCUACCAGUACCAGUUUGAACAUCCCCAUCUUCCUGGCAGACCUCAGGGAUUCUUUGAGAGGAUUCGAGGGGGGAGGCCGGGAUUCAAUGAACUGGAAGACUAUGGAGAGGGACCCCGAUACCCUGAACUGGAGCCCAGUUUCCCACAGGAGGGUUUCCCCCUACGGCUGGACUACGUGCCCUCAAAUUCUUCCAGGGAGGUGAGACACGGCUCCGACCAGCUGAACCCCGCGGGCAACGGCCCCAUGGGAAUGAUGUUACGGAGGCAGAACAUAGGACAGAAAUUCAUUUGCCAGACUUCUCCCACGCAGAAGCAGAGCCUGGAGCAGCGCCUGUUCCUACAGGACAAGGAUGAAGAGCAGGAUGACGACAAGAACAUGCAGGAAAACAGGACAGGGUUACGGAACUGGAGGAUUUCUUCGUACCUCAGCGCAUACCAGUCUGAACCAGAUGAAGGGCUCCCGAUGCCGAUGGAGUCCGAGGCGUAUAACGAUGCUCUUGGGGAUCCCCUCACAAAGCACCCCACUGACCUCGUCCCAGCCUUCAAACCCCCCACGCCCUUCAGUAGCAAGCCACUGGGAAUUGACAGUGCCAAGGAAUCUACAGAUUCUGACAGAGCAGGUGAAGAAACCUCGAUAAUGAAACCAGAUGCCUUCAGGUCCAGGAUAAAUCCUUUGAUCCAGAGAAGCUCCAGGCUCAGGUCCUCUCUGAUUUUCAGUGCUGCCAAAUUAGAUCAGCCCAACACCACAAUAGAAAAGGUGCAGAUGAUCCAAAAAGAGCAAAUGUCCAGUGAGUUAACAAAGGACAAUGAAACCAUCAAGACGGCUGCCUCCUCCAAAGUGGCUGAGCUGCUGGAGAAGUACAAAGCUGUGGGCAAGGACAUGGAACGGGGCACGGUCACCCACACCAAAGCUGUUUCGGGUUAUCUGCAGGAGGAAUCUCAGAAUACGGAGAAGAAAUGUACCAAAUCUGUGCAGUAUAAGAUUUUGGAGAGCAGGGUGCUGGACGCCAAAGACUCCUGCAGUACUUACAAAAUGCAUGGAGACUUGGACAGAGCAUUUGGAAUGGCCUCAUCCACCCCCCAGCUUGGGGACGCGUUGAGUAAAGAUCCUCUGGCACAUCUUGGCACUAAGGUGGACAAGCUGUCAUCCCGGUUUUACCCCAUCGAGAGCAAACCUCCUCUUCCAGAGAAGGAGAGCCUGAUAUUUGUAGGAGACACUCAGAAAUUAGCUCUUCCAGAGAAGAAGGACAGAGUGACCUUCAGAGAAGACUCUCCAAAAUUAGUCAAUACAGAAAUGAAGAAACCACAGGUGAGGACAAGUACUACGUCCUCAGUUCUAGAAAGCCUGUCUAGAAGUCAAGGGUCUGACAGCUCUCUCAACAAAUCUGAGGAAGACUGUUCAAAACAAGAGCAAAAUCCCAUGGAGUUUUUAAGAAAAGGGUCACUACGGCUGAAACAGCUUUUGAACCCAAAAGGUGAAAAGAAAUUGGAGGAGGAGCCUGCUUCUGAGAGUGGGAAAUGUGACAAACAGGCAGUGGUGCUGAAACGAUCAUCCAUAGGGGACAGCCAGGAAGCAAUGGAGGAAGAAAAACCCCACAAAUUCACAGCACCACUGCCCCCCAAGAGCAGCCAGACAACACAAGGGAGGUUCCCAUCCUCCACAGCCAACAUCCUGUACAGCAGCAACCUGCGUGACGACACCAAGGUGAUCCUGGAGCAGAUCUCUGCCAACAGCCAGAAGAACAGAGCAGAGCUGGCCAAGCAGCUGCCGUCCACCAGCAACCCUGACCUCUCCAGGUCGACCACAAGCUUGGAAAGAAAAGGGGAAAAGGAGAAAAGCUGCAAUAUCCACAGGUCUGAGAGCUUUGGGAGCCAGAAACGGAACCUGCAGCGGCAGCCGUCAGAGGACAGAGACACCCUCCUGAAGAAGAUGGAGAACAUGCGGAAGGAGAAGCGAGUCUACAGCAGGUUUGAGGUGUUCUGCAAGAAGGACGAGCACACGAGUCCCAGUGAAGAGGAAUAUGACACAGAUGCCAAAGACAAGAAAAUGGGAAAAUUCAUGCCCAAAAUCCUGGGGACCUUCAAGACAAAAAAAUGAUCCUAGAAAUCCUAUUUAAUUCCAUUUAAUCACUGACUGUCACAGAAAAAGGAGGAAGAAACUUGUCUAUCAUGGCUACAAACCCCCAUGGCAAUGCUCUUUUUGAUUAGUGAGCAGAAAUGUAUCCAGCAUGAGCCUCCCACGGCACAGUUUGCUCAAUAAAGUCAGGUGGUAUCAAACAACCUUAUCACAGUAUGUUCCAAAUAAAACAAUUAAAAUGCCAACGUGCUUAAAAAACAAGUCUCUGUUACUGUACAAAACUAAAUUAUAGUCUCUGUUAAACCCAAGGAAUAUUUUCAGCAGACAAAACCAUUCAAAUUUCAGAAAAAAAAAAGAAAACCAGAAAAUUCAAUACUUGAAUUUGGGCCAGAAAAGAUAAAUACAUAUGGAUGCACACAGAGGUAUUAACUGGAAAAAGUAAUUAAAGCUCAAGUGUUUUCUCAGGAACAGUUACACUUUUUCUGUAUCUCACAAUGAAUCAGACACAGGAGGCACAUUUUUGAAGGUUUACAUACAAAAAAAAAGUAGUUGUAAUCAAUUUUUUUGCCUAAUCUGUGGCUCUGAUCUUCUCCAGCUUUUGUGUUUACCAGUUCCUGAGCCUGCGGGGUCUGGUUUGUUCCCUUGUGUAAAAAGGAAUUACCUGCUUUAGGGGCUGAGCUCAAAGAAGCUGCUGAGGUGCUAUUGAUGGAGAAGGGCUUGGUUUUAGGAGGCCUUUUCAGGUGAGUCUGAGUUUCAAUAAGCAUCUAAAGUCCUGCCUUGGCCAAGCAGUGACUUCCUUGAGAGUUAACUGCAGAUCAUGAGGUGACAGGUCUGGAGCAGCUGAGAGAGCUGGGGGGAAUAACAAUCAUUCAUCACAGGUAGAGUAAAACCUCAGGGACAGAGACAAGAGCUUCAAGUUAAUGAGGAAAAUGUAUCCAAAAUCCUGACUGAAACAGGAAUAUUAAGUUUCCUGUAGCCCCACAGUAGACUGGCAACACCUUUACAAUGUCUCAGCAAUAGUAUCUCAUGAAACUUUGCUUUCUGAAAACAAAACAAAUAAAAAUGACCAAUUAUUCACUGAAGAAGACAGCCCUACCAAUAGGCAGUUUCCCUCUCAACACAGCAAAUGUUGCUUGAAAGACAAAGAUUUUCUGCAGUGCAGUAUAAAGGAUUUAUUAUUACAAUAUUAUUACAACAUUACACACUAGAGAAGCUGUUAAAUAUUGUAGAAGAACCACCUGUAUUUAAAAUGUUUUUCUACUUGAUUUUAACAAAACCAGACCAUAAUGAAUUCAGUUCAUCUAGCCUAGAACAGUCAUAGAAAUGAGUGAAGGGCUGUAAGGCUAUCUGUGAAGAGUUAGGUCCUCAUGGUCUUCAGAGAACAGUUACCUGUUCUGCUCAAAAAAAUAUCACCAUUUAGGCAGACUGCUGAAGAAUCCUGGAAUGGGUUGGAAAGGACCUUUUAAAGGUCACCCAGUCCUAACCCCUGCCUACCAUGGCAGGGCCACCUUCCACUGUCCCAGGCUGCUCCAAGCCUGUCCAACCUGGCCUUGGACACUUCCAGGAAUGGGGCAGCCACAGCUGCUCUGGGCACCCUGUGCCAGGGCCUCACCACCCUCAGGG